AUUGAAUGCAGGCUAUAAAUCAGUGUACAGCAUGCAACCUUUGGCCUUGCAUUAUAAAGUAUGCAUUAUAAGUGUGCACUUGUCCAUGCUUGAUUCAUCUGAUUCCUCUACAUUGAAACCGAGUCCACAGUUGAGUUUCAUUUGAAAGCAGCACAUGUGAAGGUGUGAUGGCUCGUAAGAAUGUGUUUGGUCGUCUCAGUGCUCUGGAGAUCUCACUCAUUGUUCUGUUUCUGUUGAUGACCGCCGUCUCAGUGGCUCUUAUAGUCGUCCUCGCACUCGAGUGGGAUUCAAACAAACAAUCAGAAUCAGAAUCAGUGGAGCCCACAGUGGAGCCUCCGGCGAGCAAUUAUUUGAUCGGUGUGGGUCGAGCGGACUGCACUGGACCCGUGGCUGAUAUACCUCUGAUGGGUUAUGCCAACAGUAAGCAGACGGCACGAGGCCUCCACACGCGUCUGUUCAGUAGAGCCUUCAUCGUUGAUGAUGGAAAUAAAAGAGUGCUGUUUGUCACUGCUGAUAUCGGCAUGGUUUCUCAAAGACUGAGACUCGAGGUUUUGCGAGAGCUGAAAGUAAAGUACGGAGAUCUUUACAGACAGGAUAAUGUGGUCAUGAGCGGCACACACACACAUUCAGGCCUUGGUGGAUAUUUCCAGUACACUCUCUUUAUGAUCACCAGUAGCGGCUACAUUAAACCAUCUAUACAAGCCAUAGUCAAUGGAAUGGUGAAGAGCAUUGAUAUAGCUCAUAGGAACAUAAGACCUGGACGGGUUUUCAUAAAUAAAGGAGAACUUCUCGACACCAAUCUGAACAGAAGCCCACAUUCAUAUCUGAACAACCCUGAGGAGGAGAGAAACAGCUAUGAAUACAACACAGACAAGCAGAUAGUCAUCAUGAAGUUUACAGAUCUGGAUGGAGAUGGUAUGGGUCUGCUCAGCUGGUUCGCCGUUCAUCCCGUUAGUAUGAAUUACACCAAUCGUAUGGUGAGCUCAGAUAACAUGGGCUAUGCCUCGUAUGCUUUUGAACAAGAGAAAAACAUUGGCUUUCUGCCUGGAGAGGGUCCGUUUGUGGCUGGUUUUUCCUCCAGUAAUCUGGGAGAUUCAUCUCCAAACAUUCGUGGCCCCGUCUGUGUGGACACGGGUGAAAAGUGUGACUAUCUUAACAGCUCGUGUCCCAUCGGAGGAAAAAAAGCAUGCAUUGCUUUUGGUCCGGGUGAAGAUAUGUUUGAAAGCACCAGGUUGAUAGGAGAAAAUAUCUAUAAAAAAGCUAAGGAGCUGUACAGCAGUGCGCCGCAGGAGUUGCACGGCUCCAUCAAUUCUGCCCAUCAAUGGGUUGAUAUGUCCAAUGAAUCUGUGCAAUUAAACUCCACCCAUACUGGACGGACAUGUAAACCCGCUCUAGGUCACAGUUUUGCUGCUGGGACCACUGAUGGAGGCGGAGAGUUCAACUUUAUACAAGGAGACACAGAUGGAAGACCUUUUUGGGACUUCAUAAGAGAUUUGCUUGUAGGACCCCCGUCUAAAGCAACUAAAGCUUGUCAUCGCCCUAAACCCAUCCUCUUCAGCACAGGAGAGCUGAACGACCCUCUACCGUGGCAUCCAAACAUUGUUGAUGUUCAGAUCAUCACUAUUGGACCUUUUGCCAUAGUUGCAGUCCCGGGAGAAUUUACCACCAUGUCAGGAAGAAGAAUUCGCCAGGCCGUCAAACAGGAGCUGGAUCAGGGUCCAUUCAGAAACACAGAGGUGGUGAUCGCUGGAUUGUGCAACAUCUACACUCACUAUAUAACUACAUAUGAAGAGUAUCAGAUCCAGCGUUAUGAAGGCGCAUCCACCAUCUUUGGUCCUCACACUUUAUCAGCAUACAUCCAACGUUUCAGAGGCCUGGCCAAAGCUAUAGCUCAGGGAACCGUAGGAGAUUUACCCAAAGGUCCUGAACCUCCGUUCUUUGAUGAAGACAAACUCUUUAAUCUAAUCAAGGAUCCAGUAGAAGAUGAAGCACCAGUGAACACAACAUUUGGUGAUGUGCUAGAGCAAGUUUCCCCCGUCUAUAAAGUGGGGGAAGUUGCAUCCGUCACGUUUGUCUCUGGAAACCCAAGACACUCAGGAGAUAUAAGAGAUAAGACGUUUGUUACGGUGGAGAUGUUUCACAACGACACUGGCAUGUGGGAAAUAGUUCACACAGAUGCAUCAUGGGAAACAAGGUUUCACUGGGAAGGAGAUAAAGGUUUGAGUAACGCUACAAUUGAGUGGUACAUCCCUCGCUCAGCAAAGACAGGAACAUACAGGAUUCAAUACUUUGGACACUACAAACAGAUCCAGGACAACCAAACCAUCAUCUCGCCUUAUGUGGGCUCUUCAGAUGCUUUCAAAGUCACCAAGAGCUUUUACUACUUUUGAUGACCACUUCUUCAUAAUGAACAUUGUUUCAGAGUAACUUUACAGAGAUCUGAGGAAGAACAUCAUAAAACAGCUGCUAUUCAGAAAAAAAUGGUGAUGAUGAUGUCAAAAGCAUUGUUUAUAUAGUAAAUUAAUUUUGUUCUGUAAAUUGUAAAAUUUGUUUAUAAAAACAGUCCUGGCUCUGGA